ACUUCACACAUGACUGAUGAAGAAUUGCGCCUCCUGACAAGCUUUGUCGAUCUGUUGGACAAAUGUUUGAAUCUAAACCCUGAAAAGCGGUUAACAGUAAAAGAGGCUCUAAUGCAUCCUUUCAUAACUGGAAAAUCUUGA